AUAUUCCUUUCUAUCUACGUAAAACAUAAAAUAUGACAGAUAAUUAAACUUCCUAUCCCACGAUAUAAUCUUAUUAAUAAAAUUUUAUGCUCUCCUCAUAUAAUUAAAACAUCUUUCCCUAUUAAUUUACCAAAUUUUUGUAAUCGACAUUCCGGAUUGGACGGAGAAUCCGUGUCAGUUGAAAUACAAGUAUAAUAAAAAUCCGCAUACCGUGCAAAAUUCCAAUGCUGAUCAAGCCGAUCGAUAUUCGGUUCAAACGGGGAGGCGUCGUUUCGAGAAAGGCCAGUCAGUGCACGCAAUCCGUCCCGAUUCGACCUUAAAUUUUCACAGAAUGAAGGAUUGCUUCGUCCUCGCGCUUCUGAUUUCAACGUUCCCCUACGAGAUCACGAAUUCCCUUAAAACCCCUGUCGUUCGUACGCCGAGUGGACCUGUUCGCGGUUUGAUAUUGCGCACUGUCUGGCACUCGAUCAAGUACUCCUCGUUCAAGGGAAUCCCUUACGCCAAACCACCCCUCGGCGACCUGAGAUUCAAGCCUCCAGUUCCGAUAGAUCCUUGGAAAAGAGUGUUGCACGCCUACGAGGAGGGCAGCGUGUGCGCUCAAUGGGAUUACUUGUCGCUCGUCUACAUGGGCCGCGAGGAUUGCUUGUUUUUGAAUGUUUUCACUCAAGAGGUAGAAUUCAAGAAAGGGAUGAAUUUGAGACCGGUCAUGGUUUGGAUACACGGCGGUGGUUACUUCUCAGGAUACGGUAACUCGUCCUUGUACGGCCCCGACUUCUUUCUGGAGGAAGAUGUCGUUUUGGUCAGUUUCAAUUACCGACUUGGCGUCCUGGGAUUCCUUGCAUUGAAACAUCCAAACGCGACUGGAAACGCUGGCUUGAAGGACCAACGGUUAGUCUUCCAAUGGGUGCAAAAUAACAUUGCCGCGUUUGGAGGUGAUCCGAAUCGAGUAACGAUCUUCGGGGAAAGCGCUGGUAGCACUUCCGUCGGAUUCCAUAUAUUGUCUGAACGAUCCAAAGGAUUGUUUCUUCGAUCGAUUAGCAUGAGCGGCACCCCAUUGUGCCCCUGGGCGUAUCACUCACCCGAAGAGAUGAUCCGGAAUGCUCACCAACUUGCAGCCGUUCUCGGUUACGUCCCCAAGAAUCACGACGAUCUGGUGAAUUACCUCCGCCAAGCACCCCUCAUGGAACUCGUAAGCGCUUCGACCAAAGUUGAAAUGAACCUGCUUCCUUUUCGACCGACCAUAGAAGAUCCAGAUAUCGAUCCCAGCAACAGCAGUGUGAUAACGGAAUGCCCAAUAACGAAAUAUCACAACGGGGAUUUGUAUCGUCACGAUGUAAUGCUGGGUUACACUCACGACGAAGUUUUCUUCUUUUUCGGUCCGCCGAUCGGGGUGGCAAACACGAUCAAUUGGGCGAAGAAGUAUUUACAGAACGCUGCUAGAAUGAGCAAGGAUAUCGACGAGGAGCCGCGACAAGCGUUGCUCGCAAGGGUGGUGAACGAUCUGGUUAAAGCUAGUUUCAAGCAGGUGAAGAAGAUAGGGAUGGAUGUAUUUUUCAGCGGCCCCAUCGACUUGACCCAAAGAUUUCUCGCUCGGCACAAUAAGGGCCAUCCCGUAUAUUAUUAUCAGUUGUCGUAUCAAUCGAAAUACGCUAUGCACAAGUUCAAGGGCAAUCCAUUGAACGGAACCGCACAUUUCGACGACGUUGGAUACAUAUUCAAUUCGAAAUCGAUUCGCGCCCCAUCCAAUCCUAAGAGCAGUUUCAAUCGAUUUAGAAAGAAGAUGGUUACUUUGUGGGCCAACUUUGCUAAAUACGGGAAUCCUACUCCAAAAAAUUUCUCUUUCGACGUCAAGUGGAUAAAAUCCGAGAAAGAAGGUUUUCAAUUGGAUAUUAAUACCAUCUCCACGAUGCAUAAACGAUUGAUUGACAAAAAGACUGAAUACGUGGAGAAAUUGCUUUACAAGUUAUUCCCAUUGAUCACUUCUUGCGUGAAAAAACCUGCGAAUUUUACGGAUCUUUUCUAAUGUCUAGUUUUAUAUUUUGAUACUUAAUAAAAUUGGGAGAGAGAAAGGGAGAAAGACGUUUCCUUAUUUAUUGACCGUACAUUACUUUACUUUUCCUAUAUUUCAUCUAAAAUAUUCUAAAAUAUUCUUGACUUUUUCUCAUUUUUCCAUUUAUUGAAACAAAUAUUUUUAUCGUUUGCAAAAGAUCUAUCGAUAGAUUUUGUUGAUCAAUUCCGUGAAUCCUUAUCUAUAGACACAAACAAAAUCCCAGAAACAAUGGUUUAUGAUUAAUAAUAUACUUGAUAAUAAUAAAUGUUACCAUUCAAAUAUUAUAAAUAUUUUGUAAAUUUCAGUUAAUGUUAAUAUUUCG